AUUUUAAAUGGCAAGUCGUUUUAAUCAGAACUCAUUUCAAUAACUAGAAUCGGUAAGGCCAAGCAGAGCCUAAUCGGAACAUCAAAAAAGCAAAAGUGAAAAAGGGAUUACAAAAGUACAUCAUAAGAGUCAUGCAUCUCAUCAUUAUAAUCCUCUGGUUAUUCCUUGUGAUUGGGUCUUAGCAGAGAAUCAUGCUAAAGCAAGAAGAGUUGCAAGAGAAUUAGAAGUUGAGAAUUAAUCAGCAUGUCCAUGUUGUGGAUAUUCAAUAGAGAGAAAUGAUUUAGAGUAUGAUUGUGAUCCAUUAGAGAUGAAAUUUUUAGGAUCAGGAUUCCCUUUGUUUUAUAUGUUUAUAAAAUACUGUAUUUUCAUAUUGGUUGAAUUUUGGUUAUUAAAAGGGAUGUUUUGUUUAGCAACAGAUUUGAUGGGUGAUUAUUGUUAUAAUUAAGAAAAGAUUAGAGUUGAGAAGAAAUCACAUAAUGCUAUUCAUGAUCAUUUAAAUAAAUAGCAUUAUCAUGAACACAAUGAAGAAAAUUAAAUAUGUGGAGGAUCUUUAUGGCAUUUUGUGAGUUUAGCAAAUGUAUAUGAUAGAGAAGAUAUUAGAAUUUGGUAAUCUAAUUUAUCACUUGUUGUUGUAUUUGCAAAUAUGGUUUCAUUUUUAUUUUUUAGAAAAGCUUAAAGAAGUAUUGAUAUUGAAGUAGAUGAAUCAUAAGUAACCCCAUCUGAUUAUACUAUAUGUGUAAAGAAUAUUCCAAAAUUAAAUGAAGACUAUAAAGAAGUAUUAAAGAAUAUAUUUUAAAAUUAUGCAGCUGAUGGGAGAGAAUUGAAAGUAACAAAGAUAGUCUUAGUUUAUAAUUUAGAUGAAGUGAUAGAAUUAGAAGAAGCCUAAAAGGAAAUGAUAAGAGAAAAAUAAGAAUAUUUAUUAGAAAAUGGAUUAAAUUUUACAGAUUUUAAAGUCAAAUAGUUGGAUGAGAAAUUAGAAUCUUUAGAAUAGAAAAUACAUGAUAAAGAGCAUGAACUUUUUAUAAAUAGAGAAAAAUUUGCAGGAAUAGCAUUUAUAAGUUUUUUAACAGAAGAAAUGAAAUAGUUGGUAUUAUAACAUAAUCCAUAUACAUCUUGGGAGAGAACAAAAGCGUUUUUUAAUAAUGGAUUAACUGGAGAUAUAAAAGAAAAAGGAAUAAUUUUUGAAGGUCAUAAAUUAUAUGUAGAAGAAGCACCAGAACCAAAUGAUGUGGAUUGGGAAUUUAUUCAUAUUUAAACUGGAUAGAAAGUUAAAGCACGUGUUAUUGCAUGGUCUAUAUCAAUUAGUUUUAUGGCUGGUUGUUUCUUUUUAAUUUGGUUUUUAAGUGAAUUAGCAGAAAGAAUGAAUGAAUAAGUUGAAGAAUAAGAAAAAAAAGGGAUUAAAGAUUCAUUAACUUAAACUAUAGCAUUUAUAACAAGUUAAUCAAUCUCUUGGACUGUUGUAUUUUUUAAUAAAUUUGUAAUUGGAAAGGUUUAUCAUUUAAUAGUAGAUUUAGAGAAGAUAUCUAAUAAAACUAAAUUUAAUAUAAGUUUUGCUAGAAAGUAAUCAGUUGCUUUAUUUAUAAAUACUGCUUUAAUAUCAUUAGUAAUAGAUUUCUUUUUGACUGGUAAUGUAAUAGGGAAAGGAGGAUUCAUAUAUAAUGAAUCUAAUGUUUUUUUACUUAAUGCAUUUAUUCCUCCAAUAGUUUGGUUUGUUGAUCCUUGGAGUAUAUAGAAGGAUUAUUAAAGGUAAAAAUAAUAGAAAAAUGUUAAGAAUUGUGUACUUACAUAAUAGGAAGCUAACGAAAUAAUGGAAAUGCCUGAUUAUUCUUAAGCUAAAAGAUAUGGAGAUAUUAUGAAAACAAUGUGGUUCACUUUUUUUUAUGGAGACAUCAUCCCUUUAGGAAUAUUAUUUAGUAUUAUGGGUUUAACAUUAUAUUAUUUUGUUGAUAAAUAUAAUGUUUUAAGAAGAAGGACUAUUAAAGAAUCUUUAUCCAAACAUUUAAGCAUCGAAAUGAUUGAGAUGUUAGAAUUAAUAGUAAUAUUUACAGGGAUUGGUAAUACAAUAGUAUCGAGUAUAUUAUUUGGAGAAGUCAAAUGGUAAGAUUUUAUUAUUAUCAUAAUCGGAAUUGUUUACAAUUUAUUGCCUAUGGAAGACAUAUCAAGCGUUCUAUUCCCAUUAGAAUAAAAAGAUGAAGUCUUAUCAUAUUACGAAGCAGAGGAAUAUUUUAAUACUGAUUAUGAUAGAGAGAAUCCAGUAACAAGAAGAGAGAUUUUACAUGAGAUCUCAAAGAAAAAAUGAA